AUGCCGCGCACGGCAAAGUACACGACGGCUGCCUCACCGCAGAAGACGCCCAUCAAAGUACCCCUCAACGACGAUCGCCGCGAGAAGGCCAACCGCCGCCAUGCCCAGAAUGAAGCCCAGCGUAACUCGCUGCGAGCAUCGACUGCCACUCCUGCCAGGAAGCGCAUGUCGCUUGCGGCGGGCCAGGACAGCCCCCACACCCCCUCCCAGGGCCAGGAUGGCAUGCCCGACAUCACAGGCACAGCAGUCACGCCAGGCAAGCGUGUCAUGCCGCUGCUGGCCAAUUUCGAAGAGUGGAUGAAGAUGGCCACGGACAAUAAAAUCAAUGCCAACAAUUCAUGGAACUUUGCACUCAUCGAUUACUUCCACGAAAUGUCAUUGCUCAAGGAAGGCGACGGUGUCAAUUUCCAGAAAGCGAGUUGCACCCUAGACGGAUGCGUCAAGAUUUACACCAGCAGAGUCGACAGCGUCGCUACAGAUACUGGUAAACUUUUGAGCGGACUUGCAGAGAAUGCUGGCAGAAAACGCCGUGGCGAUGCCGAAGACGGAGAAGAGGGCGAUGAUGAUGAUGGCGAAGGAGAGGACGGCGAAGAUGGCCAGAAGAAGCGCAAGAAGAGGGCUGCACGUUCUGCCGAAGCCACCCUUGCAUCCUCGUUUGCUCAGCUGCAGAACAAGAAGAUGGAACUCGAGUUCUCUGUAGACCCACUCUUCAAGAAGGCAUCUGCCGAUUUUGACGAAGGAGGCGCGAAGGGUCUGCUGCUCAACCAUCUAGCCAUUGACGGAAAAGGCAGAAUUGUUUUCGAUAGCAGCGAUGAUGCGGGCGACGCCACCGCUGAAGAUACACGCCCAAGUGCAGGUCUUGAGCAUGCCCGUCAGCAGUCGCAGGAGCCACAGGAUGCGCAGUCGUUUGACGAUAUCGACAUCAACAUAUCAGGACUGGCUGCCAAAUACUUCCCCGACCUAUCGCGGCUUGAUGGACAAGAUGUUUGCCCUUCAAUGAAGACUUUCGAUCUUGGAGAUGUAAACGGUUCCAUGGACCUUCCCUUCCUCAAGGCCCCUGAUGACUGGCGCGACGACGUCAAAGACAAAGACGAAGAUGAUGAUGAACCCGGUAAUCGAUCCGGUCUUUUCCUCGAUGAUGAAAACCCAAUGGGUUUCGAUGAUGAUGACGUGAACAUGGGUGGUUUUGAUCUGCCUCCAGAAACUGGCUUUGGUGAAGGUGGUGAGGUCUGGGCUCGUGAAGCCAUCCGGGAUCCACAAGCUCGCGUCCAUACCAUGGGCAUUGAAGACAAUGAGGAAGCCGGAGAGGGGGGCGAGGGUGCUGUCGGUACCGACGCUCAGUAUGGCGUCUCUAUGGUGCAUGGCCGCGACCAAGAACAAGAAAAUAUCCUAAGCUAUUUCGACCAGGCUCUCAAGAAGAGUUGGGCAGGACCGGAACAUUGGCGAAUCUCGCGAGUCAAGCACAUGGGCAAGGCAGCUCCGACAGUAAAGAGGAAGGAAAAGGAACCAUUUGAGAUUGACUUCACUGCACCCAUGUCGCAGUCGUUGGCAGAUAUGCUUUACACACCUGCAACUUCGAAUUCAACCAUAUCGCUACCAAAAGCACAAUGGAAAUCAAAGUCACGGAAUCUGCUUCCGGACGAUAAGCAUUUCAACUCCAGACAAUUACUGCGGCUGUUCCUCAAACCUAAAGCGCGUAUGGGCCCGCGCAGGGAAGGACGACGAAUGCAGCCACCAGCCAACGAACCUGCACACGGUCAUGUCGAUGAAGCGUACUGGGCCAACCAAGGCAACGAUGUUGAGGAUGGUGCACCACAAGGCAACUACGAUGCAGACUUCUUCCAGGAUGAUGGCUUGCCAAUGCCAGGUGGACCUAUUGACGACGAUGAAGACUUUGCAGAUGCCCGAGACCAUUUCUCACCAGCCCCCGAAGCCCCGAAUGCUGCACAGCCCUUGGAUGGCUCAUUACCAAGCUCACAAGCCGACGCAUUUGGUGCGCAACUAGUGACACAGAGUCGCAGAUUCCGACCAGAAUACGUCCAGUACGCCCGCGUAGCGAAGAAGGUGGAUGUGAAGAGGCUUAAGGAUGAGCUGUGGAAGGGCAUCGGGCUCGAAGGUAUCUCCGCGCCACCCAAGCCAGACGCUGUCGACGACCCGGCCGUCAAGGCAGUCGAUGGUUCCCUAACCUUCACCAAGGUAGUCAAUAGCCUACAGGCCGUGUACCCCAAGCAAACAAUGGCAGAUAUCUCUACAAGCUACUGCUUCAUCUGCUUGCUGCAUCUAGCUAAUGAGCAGGGGCUAGUCAUUGAGAAUCAGGAGAACUUUGAAAAUCUCACCAUCCGAAAGGACUUUACGGCAGAAGUCUGA